AUGCCACCAAUGACAACAGCGCCCCAGUACCCGCCUCCAGAUGGAGGUUGGGGGUGGGUUGUGGUCUUUGGGGCUUUUAUCUCCAUUGGAUUUUCCUAUGCAUUCCCCAAAGCCAUCACAGUAUUCUUCAAAGAAAUACAGGAAAUCUUCCACACAUCAUAUAGUGAGAUAGCUUGGAUAUCAUCAAUAAUGUUGGCUGUCAUGUAUGCAGGAGGUCCCAUAAGCAGCAUUUUGGUGAAUAAGUAUGGUAGCCGGCCUGUGAUGAUAGCAGGAGGUAUCCUCUGUUCAUUUGGUAUGAUUGCUUCCUCUUUCUGCAAUAGUGUCCUGGAACUUUAUCUAUGUAUUGGUGUUGUUGGAGGUCUGGGUUUAGCAUUCAACUUACAGCCUGCCUUGACCAUGAUUGGCAAGUACUUCUAUAAGAAGCGUCCCAUUGCUAAUGGAUUGGCCAUGGCUGGAAGUCCAGUGUUUCUGAGCACGUUGGCACCUCUCAAUCAAUUCCUGUUUAAUGCAUUUGGCUGGAAAGGAAGCUUUCUCAUUCUGGGAGGACUUCUUUUGAACUGCUGUGUGGCUGGGUCACUUAUGAGACCUGUUGGACCGAAAACAGUCUCUCCUGCUAAAAAAGAUGUUGAAAAAGGAGAUUCUACCUUGCACAAAAACAACAAGAAAUCUUUUUGGCAAACUAUGAAUAAAUAUCUAGAUCUGUCUCUCUUCAAACACAGAGGGUUUCUGAUCUAUUUGUCAGGAAAUGUCAUUAUGUUUAUCGGUUUCUUCGCUCCAAUAGUAUUCUUGGCACCUUAUGCCAAGCACAAGGGAAUUGAUGAAUAUUCUGCUGCUUUUUUGCUAUCUAUCUUAGCCUUUGUAGACAUGUUUGCUAGACCUUCAAUGGGACUUGUAGCAAACUCCAAGUUUAUCCGGCCAAAGAUUCAGUACUUUUUUAGUUUUGCUGUCUUGUACAAUGGUGUCUGUCAUAUCUUGUGCCCUCUGGCAACAAAUUACACUGGCUUAGUGAUAUAUGCUGUAUUUUUUGGGUUUGCAUUUGGAAUGGUUAGCAGCGUUCUUUUUGAGACAUUGAUGGACCUUGUUGGGGCUGCUAGAUUUUCCAGUGCGGUUGGACUUGUCACCAUUGUGGAAUGUUGCCCUGUGCUCAUAGGCCCUCCUCUAGGAGGUUGGUUAGUGGAUGUUACUGGUGAAUACCAGUAUAUGUAUUUCGUCUGCGGAGUGAUUGUGAUUGUGGCCAGUAUCUGGUUGUUCAUUGGCAAUGCCAUUAACUACAGGCUUUUGGCAAAAGAAAAGAAGUUAGAAGAUGAGAAGCAGAAAGCACAGAAGAACGCUGACUCGAAGGAAGCAGAACCGUUAACACACAAUGAGAACGAAGAUGCUGCCAGCAGAGCUGAUAAAGCUCUUGAAGAUCCUUCAGAAAGAGAAACCAAUAUUUAAUCUGCAAUGUAGCUCAGAAGGCAACAUUUAUGACUUCCAUUAGAAAUAUGUCUCCAAGACACAGGCCAGGUUUUGUGGUAAUAGUGAUCAGUCACAAUAUUGGAUGUGAACAGAUUUUUGCCCCAUGGCAAGACUCUAAGUUAGAUUACUAUCUACAGUUUAUUUAUUUCAGUGAUACAAAAAUUGAGAUUACAGAGGUAGAACUUCCAUGCAAAUGAGUCCAUCAAACUAUGACUCUUGACUGUCAAGAGUCAGGUAAAUCAGACUAUACAUAAAGCCUUCCAAUGACAAAUGGUUUUGUUUUAAUAGUAUUUCUAAUGCAAAAGUAUCUCUUACUUUUAUUUGGGAAGAUACUUUGUGUUCAUCUUUAGAGUAUUGUUAAAGUCUGUUGAAAUAAUCUGCCCAAACUGUAUUUACCACUAAUAUUAAACAGAAUAUAAGCUCAACGCUUUGUUCAAAAGAGACAAAGUACCUGAGUGAAGCACACUGAAGCAUUUUCUCUUUUGUAUGCCCACUAGGUCAAAAAGAUACAUUAUGUCUGUAUAAAAAAUUACAAUAUGAAUGUAAAAGUUAAGGCUAGAAGAUGAUCAAUUGGUGGGCGCCACCUCUAAAAUACAAUAAACCGCUGAAUUACAAUAUAUUCCAGAAGUUUUUUCCUCCUGUGAUACCUGACUACAUUGUACUUUAACAUAUACAUUUGAACACAAAGUACGUUCAGACCUCACUGAUUCAAACUAAGAUAAAAUCUACCUGUAUGUAAAAGGAUUUAAAAUCAAGCUUUACAUUGCUGACAAUAGU